AGUAUUUUUGUUUUUUCCGUUUGGAGGAAGCGGACGUUUGGACGUUUAUUUGCUUGCAAUGCCCGCCGUGUCUCUAUAAUUGAAAAGUGACUUAUUUGGUGCUUGUUGUGACUGCAUGUAGACAUCAUCACCAUGUCUCUGCUCCACUUGCUGCUGGGAGUCUGCGUGCUGUCUCUGCGAGUGUCCGCAGGGUUUUUCCAGGGACCGCUGCACCCGGAGAUGUCCAAUGGCACUUUUCAUCACUACUUCGUGCCGGACGGAGACUACGAGGAGAACGACGACCCGGAGAAAUGCCAGAUGCUUUUCAAGAUGAUAGACGAGCGCAAGUGCAGCCUGGACGAGGACCAGGACAGCGUGAUCAAGGACGACUUCACCAUCAUGAAGAGGCAGGUCGAGGACUCGGCCCGGGUGCUGGAGGGGCUGGGGAAGAGCAUCUCCUACGACCUGGACGGGGAGGACAGCUACGGGAGAUACCUGCUGAAGGAGACCAGCCAGAUACGGGAGGCGUUUACGAACUCCGAGAAGUCCCUGCUGGAGCUGGAGGUGAAGUUCAAGCAGAGCCAGGAGGGCGAGCUGAAGGAGGAGCACCGGCUCAGCGAGGACUUUCUCAACAUGGUGGUGCACACGCGGGACGCCCUGAAGGAGACCGUGGACAUCUCUCUGGGACUCAAGGACAAACACGAGCUGCUUUACCUGAUCAUCCGCAGCCACGGCUCCAGGCUGGGCCGGCUCAAGAACGAGUACAUGAAGCUCUGAGAGGAACCAGUCAUUGAAGCCGGAAUUAUGGUUCCGCGUUAAA